AAACAAACGCUAGAACACCUUCAUGGAGGAGAAAUUUUUGAAGUCUAGGCAAGAGCGUCAGGAAAAUAUCGCCAAUCGUUCAGGAGACACGUCAGAGUUGGCGCAGCUUCGUCAGCAGUUCAGCGAUGAAUUCACUAAAAGUGAACGAGAGUUAAAUGACAGCAUCAAUCAAGGCGCCCUAGAAAAUGCACAGAAAACUCUGGAUCAGAUGAGGGCUCUCGUACAGGAUGCCUCUAAUAGUGUAUCGCUUACGGCGUACGAUAUGUCCAAAGCAAAUGCUGUUCUUUCACGUUUGCGGCAAGCUCUGGAUGAACGUCGUGGAUCAGCUUCGGAAAGUCGGAAAUUUAGGUUCACAAAAAUAAACAGGUCCUCUAAUAUAAUUACUGAGACCAAGAAUGAUCUGAAUCUAUCGAAGAGUGAGUCCUCUGAUGCGGUUAAGACGGCUGUUAAUUGUGAUAAGAUAGUAACCACAACAACCAACACUAACCAAAAUGUUUACGGUUAUGCAAAAGACACAAUACUAUUUGUGUCGCAUUCAAAAGCAGCCUUUAUAAACGAUUGUGUAGGUUGCACGAUUCUAUCCCUGCCUAUCGCCGGCUCCGUGUUCGUCUCGGACUGCUUUAACUGCACUUUAUAUGUUGCUUGCCAUCAGCUGCGCUUGAAAAACUGCCAUGACGUUGAUGUUUACGUGUGUUGUUCAUCCAUACCCAUUAUUGAGCGAUGUGAUGGAAUGCGCUUCGGCCCGUAUUAUUGCUGGAGCGGACUAUUAAAGUCCACAUUGAAUAACGAUCGCACCUAUAAUAGUCAUAUUGAAUGGGUACAUGAUGUGGGCGAAAUACAAAAUCAAGAACGCAUUGAAAGCUCCUUCAAAAAUGUCGACGACUUUCAGUGGCUGAAAAGAUCUCAAAGUCCACAUUGGCGUGUACUUGAUGCAAAGGAAAUGAAAGAGGAACCCACUGUGUUUCAAGCACCUAAACCUCAGACCUGAUGACAUCCACUUUGUCAAUAUAGUGUUUUAUUCGUUGACGUAUGACUCUUAAAUAUAAAUAAAAAAUGAACAUGCAAACCAGCUA